AUGCCAGUACGGCCCCCUACCGCCGCCGCUGUCCUCGUCCACCGCUACACCCGCAUCAUCACCGCCGCCGCCGCCUCCUCGCCGGCCUCCCUCCGCGCCCUCCUCCCCAUCCACGCCCGCGCCAUCGUCCUCGGCGUAUCCGCGAACCCGGCCUUCGCCACCAGCCUCAUCGCCGGCGUGGCGCCCGCCUCCCUCGCCUACGCACGCAGGGUGUUCGACGCCGUGCCUGUACACGAUGCCUACAUGUGGAACACCCUCCUCCGCGUGCACGCCCACUCCCAGUCGUCGUCGCACGCCGUCGACGCCCUCGCCCUCUACAAGCGGAUGCGCGCCGCCGGCGUCGCGCCGGACCAUUACACCUACCCGAUCGUGCUGCCGGCUUGCGCGGCUGCGCGCUGGGCGCGGCUCGGGCGGGCCGCGCACGGCGACGCGGUGCGGUUCGCGCUCGCUGGGGACGGGUUCGUGCGCUGCACUCUCAUCGCGAUGUACUUCCAGGAAGGGGAGGUGGCAGACGCUGAGCUAGUCUUUGCGGAGAGCCAUGGAUCAUCUCGGACGGUGGUGUCGUGGACGGCCAUGGUUGCUGGCUACGUGCAAAACUACUUCUAUGGGGAGGCACUUGCGCUGUUUGGCACAAUGGUUGCCGAGGGUGUACUUCCGAAUGAGAUCACUCUGAUCAGUUUCCUGCCCUGCUUGCAGGGCCAAGAAUGGCUGAAUGCCGGGGAAAUGGUUCACGGGUUCGUGGUCAAGUCGGGGUUUGAUGCAAACAUUCCAUUGGCUAAUGCCCUCGUCGCAAUGUAUGGGAAGUGCGGGAGCAUUCCCAUGGCAGAAGCUCUGUUUGAGGGAAUGGCGGUACGCAGUCUGGUUUCUUGGAACACGAUGGUUGCAAUCUAUGAGCAGCAUGGUGAUGUGGUUGAGGCAAUCAAAUUCUUCCGCAGGAUGCUUACUGAGAAGGUGGGGUUUGAUUGUGUGACUUUGGUCAGUGUUCUGUCUGCUUGUGCACGCUCAGGAGCCCUGGAGACUGGCAAAUGGGUGCAUGAGUUUGCCCGGAGUCAUGGGCUUGACACAGAUGCAAGGAUUGGCAAUGUUCUUGUCGACAUGUAUGCAAAGUGCGGCGAGAUUGCUGAUGCAAGGAGGGUCUUUGACUGUUUGCAUGUGCGUGGUGUUGUGUCCUGGAGUGCCAUGAUAAGUGCAUAUGCCAACCAUGGGGAUUCUGAGGAGGCUCUCAAGGUCUUCUGCCUGAUGAAAAGUGAAGGGGUGAGACCAAAUUCUUUCACAUUCACUGCAGUUCUAGUGGCGUGUGGCCACUCAGGCCUUGUUAACGAAGGACUGAAGCAUUUCAACAGCAUCCUUUCUGACUACCAAAUGUCGCCUACACUGGAGCACUAUGCCUGCAUGGUUGACAUGCUAGGGCGAGCUGGUAGACUUGUGGAAGCAUAUGAAAUCAUCAGGGGAAUGUCGUUGCACCCAGACAAGUGCGUGUGGGGUGCAUUCCUUGGGGGUUGUAAGCUUCACGGCAAUCUGGAGCUAGCUGAAUUCGUUGCCAAGGACCUCUUCCAGUCAGGCUCCAAUGAUGUCACAUUCUAUGUUUUGAUGUCAAACAUGUACUUCGAAGCCGGAAUGUUGGAAGAUGCAGAAAGGAUAAGACGAGCCAUGAAGGAGAUGGAACUCAAGAAGACAGCUGGGCGUAGCACAGUAAACCAAUAG